AUGAGGGCUCCCCCGAUACAAACACAGUCUGGUUCCCACCUCGGGAAUUCGCAGAGUCCACAGAAUCUACAUUCAGCAAUAGGCUCAUCCGCUUUAGGUGACUCUUCGAUGUCGCAUUUGCUUCGCCUCCCCCGCUGGCUGUUGCUGCCUAUUGCCCGUUUCCUCCCUGCACGCGAUUUGUUGCAGCUGGAGGGCAGUUGCCGGUAUCUGAAGGAAAUCAGCAGCACUUGGGAUGGUCUCUGGCGUCACAAAGUCAUUACGGACUUUGUGCGGCGCUAUGAGAGCCUCCAGGGAGCCCUCGACCUCAUGGGCUCCUCUUGCUCUUGUCACAUCACGGGAGGCGGAUGCUCUCUAAUUCCACCAAAGCCCACUGUUGAAAAAUUUUGCAGCUCUGAAGACCGUUCCAUCUCUCCGACUCCUUCCUUGAACGUUUUUGACUCGGGAAAGGGGCUUGUUUCAUGGACAAGAGAGGGCCCUCAGUGGCCACAAGAGGGUGGCGACGCCUCGGUGCGUCGAAGCACAGCAUACACUCUUACCGUCCACCCGUUUACUUGGCGUGUUCUCUAUUUUAGAGUGUGCAUGCUCUUAAAAAACUUGCGCGGGGGGCUUGCGCACCGGCGGAUCCUGAAGGAGGCCCUCAAGCCACCGAUUCACGUGGCUGUGGAAGGGGGCAUGUGCAUAACCCUGGACUGUCGCCGGCUGCUCUGGUGCAAUGGAGAAGCAUUGCAAUGCUUUGACUUAGACAGGGGUCGCUUGCUUUGGUCUUCCUGGGUAGCGGAGGAACCGUUCGAGCCGACUAGCACUGCAGCAUUCACUGCAGGUGCAGCUGAAGCAGCAGCGGGGGCACAAUUAACGCCACGUAGACUACUAAAUAGUAUCCAGCAGGAGGAAAUCCCUGCGACUGGAGUCAAUGGAUCCCAAAUGCGUUUUCGUGGGGGACCUCCCAAAGUGGCCCCCUUCAACCCUUUGCUAACUGGGCCUGUGGGGGCCUCUCAAGGGUGGCGUUCACGGUGCCACGUGGUGGCUAGUGCUAGCCACGCUUUUACAUUCGUACGAGGGUGGUUGCAGGUAUUUUGUCUGCAAACAGGACUGUACGUGAGGGACCUCUGUGUGGGCCUUUCCCCCAUUCAGACGGCAGCCGCUGCCAGCUGCAUGCCCAUCGAUGUAUGCCAUCGCAGUAAUCAGUUCGCCUUCAUUUCGAAAAUAGGCGCCAUCAUCUAUGACAGUGAAACUCUAGCCCCUCUCUUUGCGCUGCAGCAUGUGGGCACACUCGAGCUGCGGCAGCUGCAACAGCAACAACAACAGCAAAGGAGGGCCUACUUAGGGGGCGAAUGGGUUGGCGGACCACCUCCCCACGCAGAAGGCGGAUUUGACUUCUGCUGGGCAGGGGCUGCAUGCAGAGGGCGUCCUCUACACAGACGCACAGAAUGUAGCCUCGAGCAGCAGCAGUUGCAGCAUCAGCAAGGAGACGCGACGAGACAGAGUGGCGCUACUAGCAACAGCGACCUCUGCAGCUGUUUCUGCCACUUAAACGGUGCAGAAAGAAAUGCUUCCGCAUGCAACGCGAGGGGCUGUUGGGCGAGCUGGAAUACAAAUAGAGGGAGCUGCGGCAGUAGCGGUGGGCUGUUUGCCUCCAGACGGUGCAGAGAUACCGAACUGCAGUGCAGUCUCAAAUGCUGCAGGUUGGGGUGUCGGCAUAUUGUGACUUGGCAUGCGGGAGUCAGCCGGCGCCUUCUCGUCUGGUCCGCCUCUCCUGUGUGCACCGCUGAUGCUUCGCAAGGCCCCCCGAGUUCAGUUGCUCAGUCUCCUCCCUACCUUGCAACGCCUUCUGCGUCUUUUAGUGCUCGCUCUGGUGUCAUAGAAGCACCAGCAAUAGUUUCUACGGCUACCGCCUCCUGCGCACGGCUGGUAUAUACACUGAGGGGCCACACGCGGCCGCUGCUUCGCGUAAGGCAGCAGACUGACUGGAGAGACAUGCAUGAAUACUUCCUUGCAUCCCUGGAUGUCGGGGGGACUGUGCGGGUGUGGCACUCGGCGGCAUUUCCUCAAAAGGAGGCCACAGCAGCAGCAGCAGCGGCGGCGAUGACUCGUGCAUGCGAGCGAGACACCGAAAUCGCUGCGGCACCGCUGCUGCCGGAUCCUCUGCAGCAGCAAGGGGGGCAAAUGAAUGCGGCUGGGAUGCGUCCAAUACACCCUGAGAGCGCAGGCAUCAGUAGCAGAAGGAGGUUUCUCUGUGCGCGACAAGCGGAAGAUGACAGCAAAGAGGCCGCCAUUGGAUGUAUCGCGGUAAUCCCUCCUAUGGACAGUUACUGGGUGCACCGCAUCUCCCUCUCCUGCCAUGGCCUGCUGACGCUGUGCCGUAGAAAGCAGGUGCUGCAGCACUCGCAGCAGCAUCAGCAACCCCUGCUGUUGCUGUGGAUGUUGAAUGCUCCUUCGCUGUCUUCUCUGCGAGCGAGGCGGGGCACCAAGCAAAAGCUGCGACUGGACUGGUCUUCCACGAACCCUGACGCAGUUUGGCAGCAUAUGCUUUCCCGCUGGAAGCAACUCGCUAAAGGCACGACAAAAGACGACUUUGGAUGCAAAGUUGUUGGCGUGUUAGAGGACAGAAGGCGCAAUUUUUCUGGGGCUGACACUGCGAUACGCAUCUCAGUCAAGGCGGCAGCAGAAUCGCAUGCCGUUCCUGAUUCUGCAGCCGUUUUUUUCGCAUCAGCCUCAGAAGCUGCACGUUCUGCAGACACAGCAGCAGCAGCAGCAUCACGACGACCACCACCAUCAUCAGGAGCACCGACUCCUGAGGCUCCAUGUGUUGUUACUGCUGGAAGAACUGCUGGCUUCGCAAUACGUGGGCUCAGUUUGCGUCCGCUGAGCAAUCGCGGCACUGGCAGCAGUAGACGCAGCAGCUCGGAUGGCCCUCGCAGCUUAGGGUCGCAAACAACUGGAAUUUGCUCCCGUAGCAGCAGCGUCCAGGAGCCAGAGGAAAGCAGCCACAGGAGCUUGGCAAGCAAAGGUGGCAACGGCAGCACAGACAAGGGCAGCAAGCGCACCAUUAGAAUCCCGCAAAGCUGCGCAGAGGGCUUUGCAGGAAGCAUGCCCUUGCCUCGUCGCGCAAUAGGCGGCAGCGGCAGGAACAGCGGGCCGGAGAGCACCAGCUCCCAAGUGCAUACACUUGAAAUUUGCGGUGCGUAUUUGUUGCCCAGUAAUGCCUUCUUUGCGGAGUUCAGCGGCGAAGGUCUCAUCUCUGUUUUAUGUGGAGAAGAUGAAGUAAAUUCUACGGAGAGCGUCUCAGGCUUCGCGCCUCGAGUACCCCGGUACAACCCUUUCAAGCGGUCCCUCUCGGAUUGGCUGGUCUUUGAUGUGGAGCGACUGCAGCGGGAGCACAAUAGCCGGGCAGCCUCUUCAUCUGCACGAGCUGCAGCAGCUGCGGACUCAGUUGCUGAGGUGGCAGAUGAAGGGGCAACAGCAGAUGCUGCGGCUGCGCUGUGUGACGAUGCAGCUUUCGCACUAAGGCAGGCAAAGAGGUGCUGCUGGAGGGGAGAUCCCGGUGUUCGCCCCCAAGAGUCCUCCCCGGACAGGCCGCUGCAGGCCUUUUACGAGCCAGCAGCAACACAGUGGCGCCUGCAACAGCAGCAGAGAGCCGCGGAAGAAGCGAAACGGAGGGAAUCUAUCAAGUCGCAUCGGCGACUGGUUCUGCAGUGGAUUGAAAGGCAGCGACGGCGCAGGCACAGAUCUGCAGUUUUAGCAGCGUCUGCUGCUGCACAUGCAGCUAGCCAUGCCGAAGCUGCUGUAUUCGCUACCAACUUGACGGGAGAAGGACACGGGCAUGCAGAAAAUCAAAGAACAGCAGCAGCAAGCGCCCCACUGAGGCCCCUAGCGAUUUCUCCCGGUCCUCAAGGCGCCUCCUCCACCCCCUCAGUCUCCAACAGCCGCACCGCUGCCGCCACAAACGAGAACAGAGCAGAAGUCUCAGCGGUGCCUACUUCACAGAGGAGUCUGCGCUCUCCCUGGCCUGCUUCCGUCGAACCGCAAGCCUUGGAUCCUCUCUCCAGCGUCGCAUGGCUUCGCGAGAAAGGAAAUGCAUGGGCACUUGUGGACUGGAAGGCAGUUCAAGUAGAUGCCAAUGGAUCCUUGGUUAUCUUGGACUUCGCACAUCCGGAUGCUUCUCCUCUCUGUCCGGCUAUAUUCCUCUAA